UUACCCAGAAAGCCUUACACCGCCAUGCGUCACUUGCCAUCACGGCUCUAUCUCCAACAUGGCGUCGCUGGGAAGGAGGCGCGGUGUCCCAGUAAGCAGGGAGAGGGGCGUGAUGGCGGCGACUGACUGCUACAUUGUUCACGAGAUCUACAACGGGGAGAACGCGCAGGACCAGUUUGAAUAUGAGCUGGAGCAGGCACUGGAGGCCCAGUAUAAAUACAUUGUGAUCGAGCCCACACGUAUCGGCGAUGAGACGGCGCGGUGGAUUACGGUGGGCAACUGCCUGCACAAGACGGCCGUGUUGUCGGGCGCCGCUUGCCUCUUGACGCCGCUUUCGCUGCCUCCAGAAUACUCGCGCUACGUGGCAUUGCCAGCCGGCGCCCUCAGCGUCGCCUGCGCCGCCCUCUAUGGGAUUUCGUGGCAGUUUGACCCCUGCUGCAAGUACCAGGUGGAAUAUGACAGCCAAAAACUGUCGCGGCUGCCCCUGCACACGCUCACCUCAUCCACGCCGGUGGUCUUGGUGCGCAGGGAUGACAUCCACAGAAAGAGACUCCAUAACACGGUAGCACUGGCCGCGCUGGUGUACUGCGCCAAGAAGAUCUACGAACUCUAUGCUGUAUGAGUGCACUCUGAAGACCAUUUAAGAACCGACAGAAAAAUGGAAAAAAAAACAAACAAAACAAUAAACCUAUCCACAGUCUGGUGUAAGAAAAGUGGAAGGUCACAAUGGAGCCCACAGCACUUGUAGGGGCUGCUUGAACUUUGAUCAGAGGGAUAUAGUUAAAAACUAUAAGGAAGACCCCCCUCCCCUGCCUCCAUUUGUUUUCUUUAAGUGACAACCACAGCACACACGAUCUCUUUAGUACCUUUGCGCCUCCUUCCCUGCAUUCUGACACAUGCCGUUCGUGUAAAGGCUCCAGCUGAAGCUGCGUGGUUGAGAUGGACACGUGUGAUUUGAGCUUUACCCUUUCCCUCGUAGUUUGACUGUACUCCCUUACUUGCUGAUCAGUAAUUCACCUUUCAUUAAACAUUAGGCUAUUUCAAA